GGCUUUUUGCCUGGCAUUUUUGGACAUUUUUUCGGCUCUGACGAGGUCCCCCCCCAACCUUCAAAAUUUUGUCCAAAAGCAGACAAGAGGAUCGCCCCGCGCUGAGCCGGCUGGUGGGCAGCAGGAGGCGCCUGAUCGCCGCCGGGGCGCUGGGAGUGGUGAUGGUUUUGCUCCUGGUCAUCCUCAUCCCGGUGCUGGUGAGUUCGGCUGGCACGUCGGCGCACUACGAGAUGCUGGGCACCUGUCGGAUGGUCUGCGACCCUUACGGGGGCACCAAGGCGCCCAGCACGGCCGCCACGCCCGACCGCGGCCUCAUGCAGUCGCUGCCCACCUUCAUCCAAGGCCCCAAGGGCGAGGCGGGCCGGCCGGGCAAGGCAGGCCCCCGGGGCCCUCCGGGAGAACCGGGCCCGCCGGGUCCCGUGGGGCCCCCGGGAGACAAAGGCGAGCCCGGCCGCCAAGGCCUGCCCGGGCCGCCCGGAGCGCCGGGCCUGAACGCGGCUGGGGCCAUCAGCGCGGCCACCUACAGCACCGUGCCCAAGAUCGCCUUCUACGCCGGCCUCAAGCGGCAGCACGAGGGCUACGAGGUGCUCAAGUUCGACGACGUGGUGACCAACCUGGGCAACCACUACGACCCCACCACGGGCAAGUUCACCUGCUCCAUCCCCGGCAUCUACUUCUUCACCUACCACGUCCUCAUGCGCGGAGGCGACGGCACCAGCAUGUGGGCUGAUCUGUGCAAGAACAACCAGGUGCGGGCCAGUGCUAUUGCCCAGGAUGCCGACCAGAAUUAUGACUAUGCCAGCAACAGCGUGGUCCUGCAUUUGGAGCCAGGGGAUGAGAUCUACAUCAAGUUAGAUGGCGGGAAAGCUCACGGAGGAAACAACAACAAAUACAGCACGUUCUCUGGAUUUAUUAUCUAUGCUGACUGAUCCUGCAGAAACCAAGCGUUUGGACGCUGGAUUCAUCUGACUUGCUUCUGUGAAUCAAGGAUCCCCGGGGGUGCCAAAUGUGGGCCACCUCAGUUCUGUUGUAUUUGUGGGGAAAUAUAAUGCUACCUGACUCACAUCUGUAUCCUCAGACACAUUAUGUAAAAAAAAAAAUAAUAUAUUAAAAGCAAAAUAAGCAGAUGUGUGAUCCUCUGCCGCCAAAGCAAA